UUUGUGACCAGCUCUGGACAGAUGAACUCUGUCUCUGUUCUGCUCCACAGACAGGUUGAGGAGAUUGUUUUUCCCCCAGACCAUAAUACUCUACAAUGCCUCGACGUGCGCGUGCACCGCCCUAUCCGCUUUUUCUCGGGGCCGCGCCUCAUUUUCAGUGCAGUGGACGCGCACCGAGGCGCGCCGCCGUUCCCCUGCUGCUUGUUCAGUCUGUGCAGACAUGGCUGCGCUCAGCAAAUUGCCGCACAACUGCUACGAGAUCGGUCACACUUGGAGCCCGUCGUGUGUGCAGUCUGCCGCGGAUGUGACCAGGAGUGCCCUGGAGGUGUCCUUCAAAAUAUACGCCCCUCUGUACCUGAUAGCAGCAAUCCUGAGAAGAAGGAAGAAGGAUUACUAUUUAAAAAGGUUUCUCCCUGAGAUCCUGUGGUCUACCUCUUUCCUCACUACUAAUGGAGGUCUCUACAUUGUUUUCUUCUGCAUCCUCAGGAAACUUUUGGGAGGCUUCUAUUCCUGGUCUGUUGGGUUUGGCUCAGCCCUGCCUGCCUCCUAUAUUGCCAUCCUCCUGGAGCGCAAGAGCAGGAGAGGCCUGCUAACGAUAUACAUGGCAAAUCUUGCCACUGAGACUUUGUUCCGCAUGGCCGUGACACGAGGCAUCGUAAAACCCAUCAGACAUGGCGAGGUUCUCUUGUUCUGCACAACUGCAUCACUCUAUAUGUUCUUCUUCAGGAGUAAAGAUGGCCUCAAAGGUUUCGCAUUCUCUGCAUUAAAGUUCAUUAUUGGGAAAGAAGAGAUUCCGAGUCACUCUGCCAUAGCAGACCAUGCCGGCACGAGCCCCCCUGAGAGGACAGCUGCUAUAGAGACUGAGGAUUCACAGGCAUCAGCAGAAAGGCCUGUCUCUAGGAGGAAAACUCUGCUAGCGUACGUCAGGGAACUGCUGGAAUCAAUAUGCAAAAAGGGUCCAAGACACAGAUGUUGUAAACACUAUCAAGACAACUGCAUUUCCUAUUGUGUAAAAGGCUUUGUGAGGAUGUUCAGUGUCGGCUAUCUCAUUCAGUGUUGUCUUAAAGUGCCCUCGGCCUUCAGGCAGAUGUUCUCUAAACCCUCGCGGCUCCCCUCCCUCUUCUACAACAAAGAGAACUUCCAGCUCGGGGCCUUUCUCGGCUCUUUCGUCAGUAUCUAUAAGGGAACAAGCUGUUUGUUGCGCUGGCUGCGUAACAUCGACGAUGAACUCCACGCCCUGAUAGCUGGCUUCCUGGCUGGUAUCUCAAUGUUCUUCUACAAAAGCACAACAAUAUCCAUGUAUCUCUUCUCUAAGCUGGUGGAGACCAUGUACUUCAAGGGCAUCGAGUCCGGCCACUUCCCUUACUUUCCCCAUGCAGACACCAUCAUAUACGCCAUCUCCACUGCUAUCUGUUUCCAAGCUGCUGUGAUGGAAGUGCAGAACCUCAGGCCUUCGUACUGGAAGUUCCUGCUGCGUUUAACUAAGGGCAGGUUUGCUCUGAUGAACCGACAGGUGCUAGAUGUGUUCGGGACCGAGGCCUCGAGGAACUUCAAAGGCUUCGUUCCCAAACUGGACCCCCACUACACCACAGUGCCCUGCCAAACUCUGCUUCCACCAGGAGGUGACAUCCAGCUCGGAUGAUUGUGACCAGGGGCCUUGACUUGUGGACUCGGGGUUUUAGGGGUUACCUCAGCAGGAAACGGGACAGCCCGGCUGUACCUUCUGCUUAAUUUAAGGAUUCUGCUGGAAGUGGUGUUGCUUUGUGAAGAGAUGGGGUGAUAUAUUCGGGGGUAAUCUAUUCAAAGCAGGGUGUCAGUGGUGGAGUCGCACUAGCACACUUGAGGUCUGAGCACUUACUGCAAACUGAAAACAAAAUGAAAGGCAUCAUUUCAUUGAGAAUACAUUAUCUUUUGUUAAAAUUGACACGUUUAAGUCCCAAAAUGAAAAAUUGAAAUAUUGCAAAGUAAACACUAAAGCUACACAAUCUUUAGUCCCAUUUUGCCAGCAUUUGUCAGUUUGUAACUGGGAGCAGCUGGGUCAACUCAUUCAAAUUAAAAAAAAAAAAAAAAAAAAGUUUUUGAAAAUACAUUGAAUUUUGCUUAGGACACAUUCCUGUCAUUUAAUUAUAUUCUUUGUUUUGUCAACUUGUUGAUUGACUGAACCCAUUUUUUUUAUUUUUUUUAUUUGAAUGGUUGAGUUCAAAACUCACUAAUCGUGGGAUGAACACAGUGAUGCUUGACUUAAGAGCAGAAGAAAUUUGACAUUAUUUCUCUCUGAUCUUUUCUGUUUCGUUUUGUUUUUUUUUCUUCCAAAUAUAUGGAUGCAACUGAGGAGGACAUAUACAAGUAUGCUGUCUUAUCCAAUAUUUUGUAGCAAUGGGAUAUGUGUUGGGAUGGAAAACAAUGAAGAUGGAAAGUACUAAUUUCAGUCAAAUAUUGAAAACAAGUAAAUAUGGUCAGAUUUUCCUUAGAUUUGUAGAGUUUAUUGUAAUUAAACUCGGUUUCAGUGAAGUGAGUCACCUUUAUAGAUUCAUAGAGGUUAGAAGUAUGAAGGACCAAGUUGUUUGUGAUCAAAAUUACAAAAACAAAUCUAUAUAGAUCUUUAUCACAAGUCUGAAACUGUAAAGUAAUUCAUUCAUUCGUGUUUAUUAGUAAAUCUUUUAAGGUGGCAGUAGCCUGAUUGAUUACAGAUUGUCGAUAAAAGUCUUUCUUCCUCGUGAUUUCAGAAACAAAUUUAGUUUAUUUCAAAUCUGUGAAAGGUUUAUGUUAUGUAAGAAGCAUAGACAUAUGUUGCACUGCAGUCUGAAGAGAUUAUUUGGGGAGGGACCUUUGAUGAUGCAGUGACAUUGGGAGGGAACAGUUUUUCCACAGUGUCUGAAUUUUGCUGUGCAAACUGUUGGAGCCAUCUGUCUGGCUUUGUUUCAAAUAGUUAGUUUACACACAUUUUUAAGUCAUAGUCGGGCCCAGACAAUUUAAAUAUGUGCUUGUUUCACAUACAGAUAUAUAUAAUACACUUUUUUUUUUGGUGUUGGUACUUUUACCAACACUUUCUGAAGAUUCCAAGGUGAGUCCUGUCACUUAAGAUUCACAUCGAUAGGAACAAUAUUUACUGGAGAAUUCAGUUCUACAUUGAAUCUUGACGUUACUGUGACCUGUGAAUAAAAUGCACACCGCACAGUUUGUCUUUGUUUUUGACUUUUUUGUUUUGUUGGUGAAGGAAAAGGAUCUCUGCUAAAUACAUUCUGAGUUUUAAAUCUUUAGUCUGAAAAGUGAGUAUUUCAUUAAGAAUUAACAAUCACACGAGCUACUGAUGUGUUUCAAGGAAAAUAAUUCACAACCACUUUGGUACAGGAACUUACAGAUGUAAAGUCAUUACAUCCGCCUGUGCACACCUUGUAUGACAGUUAUUUGAACUGCCAGUUCUUUCAUCCAGCUUUAGACACACCUGACCUCCGUAGCAGAAGCUAUGAUUGUAAAAAAAAAAUACAAAAUUGAUGUUGAAAGAGGUAAUAUAUUAUCUAAAUCUGUCGUAGAAAUGUAAUGCAACAGUGUUUUUGAUCGUGUAAUAGGGGUGUAUAUUAAAACAUUUUUAAAUCAA